AUGGCGGGCACGGAUACGAUGGCUCUCCAACAACACGUCCGAAAGUUGGUGGAGAGGAAAUCUCGGUGUUGGUCUGCUGCCCCACCGCGUCGCGCCGCACCGCACCGCGCCUUGAAGCUUCAUCAACGCCGAUUGCCAAAAAACAUCGAUCCCGAUUUGGACGCCCCACGUGAUUUGGAUCGCCCAAAGGGGCCGAUGGGCAGGGAGAGAGCAUUGGCCCAGGCAGAGUCGUCUCGAUUCUUCCGAAUCCGACCGGCUGGAAAUGCAGUCAUUCUGGACGAGCUCCACUUGGGCUCUCUCUCCGACCUGCUCUCAUCCAUCGACGACGACGACGACGACGUGAAUAACAUCAUGGGUGCCGCCGCUUCCAAGCAGAGCGCAGCUGCGCCAACAACACAAGCACCUGAAGACAAGCAGGCUCACCAUCUCCAGUUCGGGCGAUCGCUGUUGAAUCAGCUGGACAAGACGUCGCUGGACAAGGUGGAGGGACCGGAUGCGACGCGCCAGGUGACGCUCGACACGUCGAUCCAGGCCAAGAUCAAGUCGGAGCUGGAGCGACUGCGCAAGGAGGAGGCGGAGGUGCGCGGCGAGAUCCAAAAGGCGAUCGAGAAGGAGAACCUGGCGCGCGAGGCAAAGUACACGGGCGCCUCCGAGGGAAAGAACUCCAACGUGCUGCGCCAAGAGCUCGACCAGCUGCGCGGCAAGAUCGACAAGUACAACAAGCAGCGCGACGUGUCCAACUACCCGGGCGUCAAGGAGGCGCAGGAGGCGCUCGUCAAGUGCUACCGGGACAAGCCAGAAAGGACGCUCGACUGCUGGAAGCAGGCCGACGAUUUCAAGCAGGCCGUCGCCAACGCAGAGAAGCACUUUAUCUCGUCCUUCAGCUAG